AUGCAACGUUUCUUAGCAAUGAGCUUCCAACGCAGGUUUUUCAGCCAUCAAAGGCAAACACAGAUGAUGGCAAAGCGAGUGAUGAAUCCAUGUGACGUGUUCCUGAACCAUAGAUGCAUGGACACAAAGAAAACAGUGGCCACUCUUCUCUAUGACCAUCUUCGCACGCACGGGUUUAACCCUUUCUUGGACAACAAGAACAUGAAGCCAGGUGACAAACUGUUUGAUAAAAUCAACAGUGCAGUUCUUGAGUGCAAGAUUGGUGUGGCUGUUUUCUCACCUCGUUACUGUGAAUCCUACUUUUGCCUUCACGAACUUGCACUUCUCAUGGGGUGCAAGAAGAAGGUGAUACCCAUUUUCUGUGACAUUAAGCCAUCUCAGUUGCGUGUUGUUAACAAUGCAAAGUGGUCGGAGGAGGAACUCAGAAGAUUCAAAUGGGCUAUUGAGGAGGCUAAGCACAUCGUGGGGCUCACGUUCAGUUCCUCAAAAGGGAACUUGUCUGAAAUUGUGACUAGUGCUUCUGACAUCAUCAUUGGCAGCAUGAUAGAGCUUGAGAAUGAAGAGCAGAUGCAGAAUCAAAACUUGCCAAUUGCUCUUUAG